AUGGGCAAAAGAAAAGCAAAAGAUACUAGCCAGUAUCCUCAGAAAAGGCGCUCUCCCAGAGUUCAAGACAAACAAGGUGCGACCGGGAUGAAUGCGAUCAAGCCGGAGGUCCCUCAAAGUACAGACUAUAAGUCAGCUUUGGAACUUAAGGCAUCACCUGAGGUCCAAGGAUCGACAGAGGAUAAGCUUAACGCUAGCUCAACUUCUGAACCUACAGCGUCACCAGAGAUCCAGACAUCAACCGAAGCCAAAAUUGACACAUGCUCAGAUUCCGAGCCUAGCGCAUCACCAGGGGUCCAGGCAUCAACGGAAGCCAAGAUUGACAGUAUCCCAGCUUCUGAACCUACAACAUCACUGAAUGUUAAAGCAUCUACAGAGGCUGAGCAACCUGAAGUGGCUCUUGAUGAGCAUGGGCUGCCGAAGUUACCGGAAGAAAGACGCCCUGGACAACCCAUCGUUUGGACAUGUCCACGAUCUUUGACCCAGAACGGUGAAUGGCAGGAAGCCUUUGAGACUACGAGGGGAUUGUUUUUAGAUCUGGAUAUGUUGGUGCUAGACUGGAUAGACAGUCACUGCUAUGGAGAAGGAAAGCUUAGGGAUAGAUUGUCUGCAGGCGACCUACAGAUCAUCCUGGACAGCCUUGGUGACUUUUGCUUGUACAAGGACUGGAAAUCAAUUGAGGCGAGACUUGGCAAGUCUGGCCGUCAUAACUUUUGGUUUCAGCUACCAGAAGCGGUGUUAAUGAAGCACCUGUUUGAGGAUGUGAUCGUCAAUCCAUUUGUCUACAUUGAGGGCAGUAGAGAGAACACCGGUGGCCAGUCAAGCAUGGACCCACCAGCAUUUGGGCAGGAGCUUUGGGGACUUUGGAAGAAGCUAGCCAAAGUUGACCCAGUCAGAGCAUCUGACUGGCGGAAAACAACAAUCCAGCUCCUAAAUCAGGUCCACCCGAAACAUACAAAGGACUGGCUUAUUGCAUACCGAACUGGCGAGGCACAGGAUUCGCUCGCUCAUCAACUUGCUACGGGUAUGCUCACGAAGUGUAAAGCAUUGCAGUUGAUUUUGAAGGAGACCACCAAACCAGAUGGUGUUGCACAACGAUACGCAGGGCUCGUCGAAAUAUACCGGUCCGCACUUGAGGUAACCGUUUACCUGGGGACUCUAGACACCGAAUUUGAGUUUGAACUUGAUGUGAGGCGGUGUGGGCCCUUCUUGCAUCGCAGAACGAGAGUCCGGAAACGAGGGUGUUCCGAUGAAAUUUAUCCCGAUGAAUGGCCUGAUCCAGUGCUACUGAGCCUUCCUCUCGUCUCAGGUCGCUAUCUGGUAACCUCGGACGAUAUCGUUAGGUUGCAGACACUCCGAGGUGAAGUCCGAUAUUCUCAUCGGAAUGACGGAGAAGAGGUUUUACGAAAGCGACUGGAUAAAGAGGUCCCCGAGGUUGAGGAGGGCGACACCAUUCUCUAUCCCGCGAUUCAUUUCGCUCAAAUUGUUUUCGCCAAAGACGGCCCUCGGGCUUGCUCGUGUGGUGGCCGUUUUAUCUGUCAAAACGCCUGUGAGAAGUACCCUUCGUUCUGGGAGGAGGAGGAUGAUGAUGAGGAGGAUGAGAACGAUGGGGGCAGCUAUUCAAAGUCUACAGGGGACGACUGA